GCUCGGAAGGCUGAGCAUCAAGGGCUGAAAAUGGUCGACUGGAAUGUCUUCUUGGACUCCACGCAGACCAUGCUCGGCCAGGUGCAGAAGGUUCAGCAGCAGUGCUACCAAAAGAUGAAGCUCAGUGAUGCCUCUGGGGCGGUAGACGUCCAUGCGGGGCUGCGCGCCACCAUGAACGCCCAGACGAAGAGCAUCAUCGAG